GCAUUGCAGGCUGUGCUGUGUAUGGUGUUAGUCAAAAUAAACAACAGAAGUUUACAUUUCCUCGCAUACAAACGCUUGUCAAUGCUGCUACAAUAUCAACUGCCCAGCAUUUAAAAUGGGAUAGCAACUGGGACAAGAGAGAACCUAUAAAACUCAUUCCUCCAUCUAAAUUGAAUGAAGUUGAAGUGAAUUCGGAAGAAUAUAUGGAGCUGUUGAAAGAGUAUACACCAACUGCUACAAGGAGGUUGAUAUUCAUAAGGCAUGGUCAAUAUCACACAGAAUACAAGGAUGAUGAAUAUAGGAAGUUGACAACAUUGGGCCAAGAGCAAGCAGUUUACACAGGGAUUCGACUCCGUGAAAUUGGAAUUGAUUUUGAUCGUUUUGUCGAGUCAUCGAUGACACGAGCAAUCGAAACAAGUGAGUUGAUCCGGAUGCAAUUGAACCAAGAAGAUGUUGAAAGAACAGAUUUACUCCGGGAGGGAAGUCCAAUUUCUCCGGAGCCACCAUUCCGCUACUGGAGGUCAGAAGUGAGCGUGCACACAGAUCAACCACGUAUUGAGGCAGGAUUUAGGAAAUAUGUUCACAGAGCUGACAUAUCGCAGAAGAAUGAUUCUCAUGAGGUUGUAGUCUGCCAUGCAAAUGUUAUCCGGUACAUUGUAUGUAGAGCACUUCAGCUACCACCAGAGGCAUGGCUGCGAAUGUCGUUGAAACAUGGAAGCAUGACCUGUUUAACCGUAUUUCCUGAUGGUCAUGUGACCCUGCAAUGCUUGGGGGAAGCUGGGUAUAUUCCUCAAGAUAAACUCUCAAUUGAGUAAUGUUGGAAACACAAUAAACAAUAUUUGACCAUGUAUGAUAUAUGCAGAAAUGCAGUGAAUUACAACCAUCUCUUAAUGCUCUAUUCGUCUGCUGCAAUUAUAACCUGAUUUAGUAUUUUUUUUUUAAAUUUGCACUUUUUUCCCUAACUUGAGGCUGAAGUUCUAAAAGUGAAACUUUAAAGUGAUAUUUAUCUACAUGCUGAUACAUUAUCAUGCCAUAAAAACAAUUAGAAAUUUGCAGUAUGUAUCCUUAUUGUUUAUUUCUGUUUUCGUAUAGCCACACCAACAGUAUUUCACCCCAAAUUUUAAUUUUUAACCGGUUCAUAUUUUAUGCUUGCCAUUUUACUCAUGAGCAGCAUAAAACUUCAUUAGUAUUGUUUCAUAUUAGGUUUUAUGCCAGUUUAAACCUAUAAGUGCAAUUACUACCGAAACGAAAUUUACAUUUGCUUUUAUAUUGCUAUGUAUACUUUAUAUAAGCAAGGCCAGAUUUUGUGUAUUUAUUGUGAAAAUGCCGAAAACCCCUAAAGUGACAUAAUAUUUCUGUAACUAAUCUUGAAAAAAAAUGUUUUAAAUACAAAUUGCAUUUGCACUAUGUGUUUAACCUAGCACAUACGUUUCCUCAAAAAACAUUUUUUUCCAUAAUUUAAG